CGACAACAUCGGGGCAUUUUCUUCACCAUGAAUCCCUCGAAAGUCUCGAAGAAGCGCAAGGCUGUGACUCGCGACGUGGAGGAAGAUGCGGGGGUGUUUUCUGGCGAGGAAUUGAACGCUGACGGUCUGGAUCUGUCUGAUAAUGCGAACGACUUGUCGAGUGACGAAGACAGUGAUUCGGAGGUUGAGUUGGUGGAUGAGUUUAGCGAUGAGGAGGAGGAUGAUGAGGAGGAACUCGAUAGUGACGAGAUCCCGUCUGAUGGGGAAGAUCUGAAGAAGGCUCCUGAGUUGGAUAUGCCGACGGUGGACAAGGAGGAGACGUCCGACGAGGAGGAGGAACUCAACUAUCGCAUCGAGAAGGACGCCAAUGGGAAUGAUCGUUUCAUCUACGAUGAGAUCAACCCGGACGACAACUCGGACCUUUCCGACGUGGAUGAGGAAGCAAACACCAUCGGCAACAUCCCUCUGUCUUUCUACGACCAGUACCCCCACAUUGGUUAUGAUAUCAAUGGCAAGAAGAUCAUGCGUCCCGCCAAGGGCGAGGCUCUGGACUCUCUGCUGGAUAGUAUCGAGGUUCCCAAGGGCUGGACAGGCCUGACUGACCCUGACACUGGCAAGCCAUUGGAAUUGAGCCAAGACGAACUCGAGCUCCUGCGCAGGGUGCAGAUGAACGAGAUUACCGCGGAUGGCUACGACCAGUACGAGCCUCUGCUCGAAUGGUUUACCAACAAGAAGGAAGUUAUGCCCUUGAGUGCUGCGCCGGAGCCCAAGCGUCGAUUUGUGCCGUCCAAGCAUGAGGCGAAGCGGGUCAUGAAGAUUGCCAAGGCGAUCAAACAGGGCCGCAUUCUGCCCUACAAGCCUCCCGCGGAGCGAGAGGAGGUGGAUGAGGAUGUGAUGUCCUACGAUAUCUGGGCCGACGAAGCAGAGCGACCCGAUCACAUCAUGAACGUUCCCGCCCCCAAACUGCCGCCUCCUGGCUACGAAGAGAGUUACCACCCUCCCCCGGAGUACCUCCCCGAUAACAAGGAACGCAAGGCCUGGGAGGAAGCCGAUCCCGAGGACCGGGAGCAAGAGUACCUGCCUCAGGACUUUGGUUCCCUUCGCAAGGUCCCUGGUUUUGAGAAUUUCGUCAAAGAGAAGUUUGAGCGCUGCCUGGACCUUUACCUGGCGCCCCGUGUCCGGAGGAGCAAGCUGAACAUCGAUCCGGAGAGCCUUCUCCCCAAGCUGCCCAGCCCAGAGGAAUUGAAGCCAUUCCCCACCGCCUGCGCCACGUUGUUCCGGGGACACAAGGGCCGUGUUCGCUCCCUGGCUGUUGACCCCUCGGGUGUGUGGCUCGCCACCGGUGGUGACGAUGGCACUGCUCGGGUCUGGGAGUUGCUCACCGGUCGCCAGCUGUGGAGCGUGAAGUUGAGUGAAGAUGAGGCGGUCAACGUGGUUCGCUGGAGACCGACCAAGGAUGCGGUGGUUCUGGCCAUCGCCACCGGCGACGAUGUUUACCUCGCGGUUCCUCCGAUUGUGGAUCCUGAGGUUGAGAAGGCCAGCCUGGAACUUCUCGACGCUGGCUGGGGUUUCGCGGCGACGCGGCCUGCCCCCAACGCCGCAGAGGCAAACAAGAAGAACAAUCCUCCCACUUGGAUCCGCCCGUCUCCAGCCCUCGCGGAUGCAGGUGUCUGCGCGGUCAUUCCCCUCCGCUACAUGGUCAAGUCCAUCUCGUGGCAUCGCCGCGGAGACUACUUCGUCACCGUGUGCCCCGGAUCUUCGACCCCGGCCUCCGUCGCCAUCGCCAUCCACACCCUGUCCAAGCACCUGACUCAGUACCCCUUCCGCCGGCGUCUCAAGGGUGGUGGUCCUCCGCAAACCGCGCACUUCCACCCCUCGAAACCGAUUCUCUUCGUGGCCAACCAGCGCACCAUCCGCGCCUACGAUUUGUCCCGCCAGCUCCUCGUCAAGAUCAUCCAGCCCGGUGCUCGCUGGAUCUCGUCCUUCGACAUCCACCCGACGUCCUCCACGGCCUCCGGCGGAGACAACCUCAUCGUGGGAUCCUACGAUCGCCGCCUCCUGUGGCACGAUCUCGAGCUGUCCCAGCGGCCCUACAAGACCCUCCGCUACCACCGCAAAGCCAUCCGGUCCGUCCGCUUCCACCCCGGCGGGCGCUAUCCCCUCUUCGCCGACGCCAGCGACGACGGCUCGCUCCAGAUUUUCCACGGCAGCGUCACCGGCGACAUGCUCAGCAACGCCAGCAUCGUUCCCCUCAAGGUCCUCAAGGGCCACAAGAUCACCGGCGAACUGGGCGUCCUCGAUCUCGACUGGCACCCCAAGGAGCCGUGGUGUGUCAGUGCCGGUGCGGAUGGUACUUGUCGGUUGUGGAUGUAAUUGCAUGUCGACAUUCCAGCGUUCAUCGAUCACUUCCCCCGCUCCCAUUGUACCCUUUAUAUCAUGUAGGGGGCGUUUGGUGUUUAUAAUUAGUCUUAGAUAUCCAUCAAAAGUUU